CUGCACUAAACCGAACCUGUUGAAGUGCAUGUCGGCUGCUUCGUGAUGACAGCGCGGAGGAGCAGCAGCAGCAGCAGCAGCAGCAGCAGCUCUGGCACGCUGCUUUGUCUCGCACUGUCUGUGGUCCUCGUCGGUCCGUGUCAGGCGGGCUGCCGGGACACCGCUCUGUGUUGCGCCGGCCGCGACCCGUCAUGCGUCAGCACAGGAUGGAGGUCCGACCGCUCCUACGGCUCCUGCUACUGCGACCAAGCCUGUGUGUCCACCCUGGACUGCUGCAGCGACUAUGAGACAGCCUGUCCAGCGGUGUCCUGUGUGGUGAGUGAGUGGACGGAGUGGUCGGGUUGUGCUGAGCCGUGCAGGGCAACAGUCCGCCGGCGGAGCAGGAUCAUCCUGCAGGCGCCACUCAACGCAGGCAAACCCUGUCCCCACCUGGAGGAGCACGCCGGCUGUGCGCAGUACUGGUCCCAGAAAGGCCACUGUCACAACUCGCUUAUCCCAGCACUUAUUAUCACGAGUGGCUAUGGCAACGCCAGGAAGAAAAGAGACAUCCCUGACAGCAGCAACGUUACAGGGUAUUGUGUCCAGUUUCAGUUGACCUCUCUGACAAAGGGAUGCCAGCAGAGUGUGGGCCCACACACUCAGUGGAUGCAGCACCUGAGGGACGGUCACCACGUGUGUGUCGAGUGCCAGCCGCCUGCCCUCGCCGCUGGACAGACACACUGCGCCGGAGACGGGGAGGAAAACUACGAGGACAGGAGACGGUCUCUCCAGUGGCAGGCGGUGGGAAACCCUCGAUGCAGGGGUGUGUGGAGGCGUGUGGGGAGGCUGGAGGCCUGCUCCUGCCCUACAGCCCACAGCUUCCUCUUCAUCUAACAUCCUCCUUCCUUCUGUUAGCCUCCCUCCUGUACAUAUUUACUCAGACAGUGCAUAAAGAGCAAUCUGCCAGUGUGACUACAAACCAGUCAGAAUAAUUAUAAACACUAGUCCCUAAACCUACUCUGUCAGCGGUCAACAGUUUUGCCUCUUUAGUUCUGAUGACCAAAUUUGAUCUUGUCCACAUUAGUGCCACUAUAUAUAUAUAUAUAUAUAUAUAAAUGCUUUAUUCAUAAGGGUGAAUGUGUGGCAACGAAAAUUCUUAGUCAUAACAUAUUAAAUGCACAGUCCUUAGUAUGGCGCAACACAAACAUGAAUAAUACAUAUUCAUAAUUAAGUUUGUGUAACAAAUCAGUUUAACAGUAAAAUGAAAGUCAGCAAAUCCUAAUCAAAAUGUAAAGUGAUCUGAUUUAUUUCAUUUUGAGUCAUCCAAGGGAAAUGUUGCUUUUUCUUAAGAAAUAGAAAUAUCUUAGGACAUUGAGACACAUUUUUUUUUUUUUUUACAUGACAAGUACUGGCUCUGUGUGAAUGACAACCAGUCACAACGCCAAAGUUACAACAUGCACUGAACAAUAGAACAUUUAUACAGAAACAACAGCAUAGAAAGUCAACAGGUAAAAAUUUUUUGGUUUUUUUUUUGUUUUUACAAAACAGACAGCCUCGGGACCUACAAACAACAUUGUAUAAGAGCUGGCUAAGGUCGUUCAAAUAUUUUUUUUCAGUUCCCUGGAAACAGUGUACUUUACAAAGACUGAUGGCUUAGGCAAGGUUGGGGUCAAUUCCACUGAGAGCUUAAAACAUAGAAAAAAUAUAUUUUAUGUUUUAAAUUUGUACUAGGUUUUUAAUUUUUCUCAUGCUCUAACACUGGCUCCUUUUACAUUGUCUUGUGUGAUGUGUGCUGUACUCCCAUCAAGGCAUCCUGAAUCGACCCCAACCCUGUAGUACAGUGUUAGAUUCAGAGUAUGUGGAAUCGGGCUACUUGCUAAAGCAGUGAUUCUCACUGGGAAAACUACCACAUGUCCUUGAAAAGGGUCCUAUGGGGUUCUAACAAAAAUAAAAAAAGACCUGAACCUCGUCACAGAUAAAUUCAGCAGCGAGAGCAACAACCAAAUUCUAUUUUAGUUUUCAACUAGAUGCAUUUACUGUACAGUGGGGAGUCUUGUUAUGGAAAAGUUUGAGAAAACUGUGCUCUUCAUUUCAAUUAGUAUCAAUAAAUGAGAAAUAAAACAAGUCACUUGAGUGUGUUUUCUUCAUGAAUCAUGAUGAAUUAGUUCUUUGAUUCACAUUACAACUCCUCCACUGGGAUCUCUCUGCUUAAUGAAAAUUCUUUUUUACUUUAAGAUUGGAGUGGCUCCUUUUGAGAUGGAGGGGAUUAAA